AUGAUUCAAAUUAAAUCAUCUUUAUCGAUUGUAUUGUUAGUGUCACUGCUGUGUGUUUGCACACUCUCGAAAUCAGUAUCUAUCAACAAUGAUAGUUUCGAUGAUAAACAAUGUUCAAGUGGAAGAAUGUAUAUAGCUGAAUCGAUUCCAGUUUAUGUUAAUCUCACUACCAAUAUAACAACAUAUGAAGCCUGGAUGAAUUUGAUCAAUAAUGCUCAAGAAUCUAUCGAUUUAGGUUUGUUUUACAUGACUUUGACUGAUGGUGCAGAUUACCCAAGUAUCUACGGUGGAUACAUGGGAAUGGACUUUUACAAGGCCUUGAUCAACGCUGCUCAACGUGGAGUCACCAUCAGAAUCGUUCAAAAUCUACCAUCUGCAUCACAACCAGCCAACGACACCACCAACCUCGCCAACAUGGGUGUCGCUCAAGUUCGUACCAUCAACUGGCCAAGCCUAGUUGGUAACGGUAUCCUUCAUACCAAAAUGAUCGUAGUUGAUAAAACCAAUGCAUACGUUGGAAGUGCUAAUUUCGAUUGGAGAUCACUUGCUCAAGUAAAGGAACUUGGUGUAGUCGUUGAGAAUUGUAAGACUUUGGUUGAGGAUACCAAGAUUGCUUUCGAGCAGUAUUGGGAUGCCGCCAUCAUGACUCAACUACCAAGCAAAUGGCCAUCUAAAGACAAGGCCAAAUUCAAUGCUACUCAUCCAGCGCAGUUACAAUUGAAUGGCGAAGCUGUCUCUAUGUUCUUGGCAGUGUCACCACCUCAAUUCGUCUCGAAAGAUCGUACUGGAGAUAUCGACGCGUUGGUCGCUGCUAUCAACGCCGCCAACCAGUCAGUGUGCAUCUCCGUCAUGGACUAUGCACCAAGCUCCUUCUACAACUAUCCCAACACCUUCUGGCCGGUUAUCGACGACGCCUUGAGAGCGGCCGCCUACAACCGUCGUGUGCAGGUGCGUGUCAUGGUCUCUCACUGGAAUCACACCAACACCAAGAUCAUCCCUCAGUUCCUCCACUCGUUGGCACAGGUCAACAACAUCCAGGUUCGUUGGUUCCAAGUGCCAGACAUGCCAGUACAGCCACAAGUGCCAUACUCACGUGUCAACCACGCCAAGUACAUGGUCACCGAGCAACAAUCAUACGUUGGAACAUCGAACUGGUCACAAGACUACUUCACCAACACCGGUGGACUCAGCUAUAACAUUUUCAAUGCCGAUUUUACCUCUCAACUCCAAUCGAUUUUCGACCGUGAUUGGAAUUCACAAUAUACUUUCCCAGUAACAACUUGUGACUCAUUCAUUCAACAAAUAGCCAAUACAUCAUCAUCAGUUAGAUUAGAAUAUAAUCAUUAA